ACGCGCCGUGUGCGCACCGCAGCCGGCCGCCCGGAGGCAGCUCAGUCCUCUGGCAUGGGCCCCGGGGGCGCCCCGAGGUGGGGCUCUGGGCUGAGGAGCUAAAAGCCUCUCUCCCGCCCGCGGGGCCCCGUGUCCAGCCCGUCCGCACGCCCGUCCGUGGCCAUGGCCGUCCGGCCCGGCCUGUGGCUAGCGCUCCUGGACAUAGUCCUCGCCGCCUGGUUUCGUGGUUCGGGUGCCCAGCAAAGUGCCACAGUGGCCAAUCCAGUACCUGGUGCCAGCCCGGACCUGCUUCCUCACUUCCUGGUGGAGCCUGAGGACGUGUAUAUUGUCAAGAACAAGCCAGUGCUGCUGGUGUGCCAGGCCAUCCCUGCCACGCAGAUCUUCUUCAAGUGCAAUGGGGAGUGGGUGCGCCAGGUGGACCACGUGAUUGAGCGGAGCACGGACAGGAGCAGCGGACUGCCAGCCAUGGAGGUCCGCAUCAAUGUCUCAAGACAGCAGGUGGAGAAGGUGUUCGGGCUGGAGGAGUAUUGGUGCCAGUGUGUGGCGUGGAGCUCCUCGGGCACCACCAAGAGUCAGAAGGCCUACAUCCGAAUCGCGUAUUUGCGCAAGAACUUUGAGCAGGAGCCUCUGGCCAAGGAGGUGUCCCUGGAACAGGGCAUUGUGCUGCCUUGCCGCCCACCAGAGGGCAUCCCCCCAGCCGAGGUGGAGUGGCUCCGUAACGAAGACCCGGUGGACCCGUCCCUGGACCCCAACGUGUACAUCACGCGGGAGCACAGCCUGGUGGUGCGGCAGGCCCGUCUGGCUGACACGGCCAACUACACCUGCGUGGCCAAGAACAUCGUGGCGCGUCGCCGCAGCGCUUCCGCUGCCGUCAUCGUCUAUGUGAACGGUGGGUGGUCGACGUGGACCGAGUGGUCCGUCUGCAGUGCCAGUUGUGGGCGUGGCUGGCAGAAACGGAGCCGGAGCUGCACCAACCCGGCACCUCUCAACGGGGGCGCCUUCUGUGAGGGGCAGAAUGUCCAGAAAACAGCCUGCGCCACCCUGUGCCCAGUGGAUGGCAGCUGGAGCCCAUGGAGCAAGUGGUCGGCCUGCGGUCUUGACUGCACCCACUGGCGGAGCCGUGAGUGCUCUGACCCAGCGCCCCGUAAUGGAGGCGAGGAGUGCCCCGGAGCUGACCUGGACACCCGAAACUGUACCAGCGAGCUCUGUGUCCACACUGCUUCCGGCCCUGAGGAUGUGGCCCUCUACGUGGGCCUCAUUGCGGUGGCCGUCUGCCUCAUCCUACUGCUCCUUGUCCUUAUCCUCAUUUACUGCCGGAAGAAAGAAGGACUGGACUCCGAUGUGGCCGACUCGUCCAUCCUCACCUCCGGCUUCCAGCCUGUCAGCAUCAAGCCCAGUAAAGCAGACAAUCCCCAUCUGCUCACCAUCCAGCCAGACCUCAGCACCACCACCACCACCUACCAGGGCAGUCUGUGUCCCCGGCAGGAUGGGCCCAGCCCCAAGUUCCAGCUCACCAAUGGACACCUGCUCAGCCCGCUGGGUGGUGGCCGCCACACGCUGCACCACAGCUCGCCCACCUCAGAGGCUGAAGAGUUCGUCUCACGUCUCUCCACCCAAAACUACUUUCGCUCCCUGCCCCGUGGCACCAGCAACAUGGCCUAUGGGACCUUCAACUUCCUCGGGGGCCGGCUGAUGAUCCCUAAUACAGGAAUCAGCCUCCUCAUCCCCCCAGAUGCCAUCCCCCGAGGAAAAAUCUACGAGAUCUACCUCACGCUGCACAAGCCAGAGGACGUGAGGUUGCCCCUAGCCGGCUGUCAGACCCUGCUGAGUCCCAUCGUUAGCUGUGGGCCCCCAGGAGUCCUGCUCACCCGGCCGGUCAUCCUCACUAUGGACCACUGCGGGGAGCCCAGCCCAGACAGCUGGAGUCUGCGCCUCAAAAAGCAGUCAUGCGAGGGCAGUUGGGAGGAUGUGCUGCACCUCGGCGAGGAGGCGCCCUCUCAGCUCUACUACUGCCAGCUGGAGGCCGGCGCCUGCUACAUCUUCACGGAGCAGCUGGGCCGCUUUGCCUUGGUAGGAGAGGCCCUCAGCGUGGCUGCUACCAAGCGCCUCAAACUCCUUCUGUUUGCCCCUGUGGCCUGCACCUCCCUUGAGUACAACAUUCGUGUGUAUUGCCUGCACGACACCCAUGAUGCACUCAAGGAGGUGGUGCAACUGGAGAAGCAGCUGGGUGGACAGCUGAUCCAGGAGCCCCGGGUCCUGCACUUCAAAGACAGCUAUCACAACCUGCGCUUGUCCAUCCACGACGUCCCCAGCUCCCUGUGGAAGAGCAAGCUCCUUGUCAGCUACCAGGAGAUCCCCUUCUAUCAUAUCUGGAAUGGCACCCAGCAGUACCUGUACUGCACCUUCGCCCUGGAGCGUAUCAGUCCCAGCACCAGCGACCUGGCCUGCAAGGUGUGGGUGUGGCAGGUGGAGGGCGAUGGGCAGAGCUUCAACAUCAACUUCAACAUCACCAAGGACACAAGGUUUGCUGACCUGCUAGCUCUGGAGAGUGAAGGGGGGGUCCCAGCCCUGGUGGGCCCCAGUGCCUUCAAGAUCCCCUUCCUCAUUCGGCAGAAGAUCAUUACCAGCCUAGACCCACCCUGUAGCCGGGGUGCCGACUGGCGGACCCUAGCCCAGAAACUCCACCUGGACAGCCAUCUCAGCUUCUUUGCCUCCAAGCCUAGCCCCACAGCCAUGAUCCUCAACCUGUGGGAGGCGCGGCACUUCCCCAACGGCAACCUCAGCCAGCUGGCAGCAGCCGUGGCCGGACUGGGCCAGCCAGAUGCUGGCCUCUUCACAGUGUCAGAGGCCGAGUGCUAAGGCCAGCCAGGCCCAUAAUGCCUACACUCUCACCAGCUUUGGCACCCACCAGGGACAGGCAGAAGCCGGACAGGGGCCCUACUCCCACACUGGGGGGGGGGAUAGCUGCUUGGACAGAACCCCCUCCUAGCUGAAGUCCCUUAAUGCUGGUCCUUCAGACCCUGCCCAAUCUCCUCAUCCCUCCAUGGACUGCCUGGCCAGGUUGGCAUAGCCUCCUGCUCACACUCUGCCUGGCCCCAGGGCCCAGAGUAGACAGUGCCUGGAGCCUGGGCCCUGCCCAGCCCACCUGUGUGUGUGUGUGUAUAUACGUGUGAUGCUACCUCUCCCCUGUCCCUCACUAGGGCCCACCCCCCCACACCUCCCCGCAUACACACGGGCAUGUGCACACAUGCUGGGCUCGGGACAUGGCCCCCCAGAGCUCCUGCCCGAGCUGGGCCUUAUGCAAACAUUUUUGUGCGUGCUGGGUAGGGGCCCACCUGAGGGGCCUGGCUUCAAGCCCGGGGCGAGGGUGGGGGGAAGGGGACUGAGGGCCUCAGCUGGACAGGGGCUAGCCCCUGGAUUCAGGCACACAAUCACCACACGGGCAUGUGUUCAUACAUGCCUCAUGCGCUCAUCUCACAUGCACCCCUUCCCCUGGUCACGCAGGACCCUCCCCCAUCACGCGCAUCUCAUGCCGCACACCUGGAGGCUGCUCACGUCUUUCACACCUGGUGUCGGUACACAUCUGCCUCUCACAUGCUGCCCUUCUCCCACCCACCCAGGGACACCCAAUGGCUCCUCCCUGAUCCGCCCUAUCCCCCCCCACCCUUCCCCAGCCUCGAGGUGCCCUGCCCAGCGGGGAGUGUGAAUAUGCAAUGGGAGUCCCGGGCUGUACAAUGGCAAGUGUGUGUGCCGUGGCGUGCCCAUUCCUGGGGCUGGCCAGUGCCCCCGUGUGGGGCCUGUUGUGUGAAGCUUGUGUCCUGACUCUGUUUUAAGUGCAUUCAUGCACUUACACUUGGCCUUAUGUACACAGCCUUGCCUGGCUGCCAGGGGCACGUAGGGAAUUUAGCGGACGUGAAUGUAAAUAAAUUAUAUAUAUAUAUUGCUAA